ACUUCCCGCCCCGCGGGCGGUCUCGGAGGACAUUUCCCCCCCCGCCUUCUUCAAGGGAUCCGGUGGCCCGGAGCGGCAGAGCAUUCGCAGCAGGCAACAGCGGGAUGGCCAGGGCGACGCUAGCCCCGCGCUUUCUGUGCCCCUUUUGGCCGCGGACCCCUUGCGCGAGCCCCGCGCGGGUGGCUGCGGGAGGUGUUCUCCGAAGGUUCUUGGCUGCAGCGGCACCUGCUCGCCGCCUAGACCUGCGGGGUAUCUAUCCGCCCCUCGUCACCCCUUUCACGUCUCAAGGCCGUGUAGAUUACGCCCGGUUGCAGGAGAAUCUGCGCCUCUACGCCGAAAUUCCCUUCCGAGGUUUUGUAGUACAUGGUUCCAAUGGGGAAGCUCCCUACUUGACACAGGAGGAAUGCCUGGAAGUAGUGAUGCGGGUGAACCAAGCUGUGCCUAAGGAAAAGCUUCUGCUGGUUGGGUCAGGAUGUGAAUCAACUCACUGCACCAUUGAGAAAACAAAACAAAUGGCUGACAAGGGUGCUGAUGCUGCUCUUGUGGUGACUCCUUGCUACUUCCGUGGAAGCAUGACCAGUGCUGCCUUGAUCCAUCAUUACACCCAGGUUGCUGAUGCAUCUCCAAUCCCUGUGAUACUGUACAGUGUUCCAGCCAACACAGGCUUGGAACUGCCCAAUGAGGCAGUGGUCAGCCUCGCACAACAUCCUAACAUAGUGGGGAUCAAGGACAGUGAUGGCAACAUUACACGCCUGGGGCUGCUUGUCCACAAGACACAGAAUGAAGACUUCCAGGUACUGGCAGGAUCAGCUGGUUUUUUGCUAGCCAGCUAUAUUGUAGGUGCUACAGGAGGAGUCUGUGCCCUUGCCAAUGUACUAGGCAGUCCUGUCUGUCAGCUUGAUGAUCUUUGCCGUGGUGGAAACUGGGAUGAAGCCCGUGAACUGCAGCACCGAUUGAUUGAGCCAAACAUUGCAGUCACCCGGAAAUUUGGAGUCCCAGGUCUCAAGCAGGCGAUGGAGUGGUUUGGCUACAAAGGAGGCUUUUGUCGUGCCCCUUUGCUCCCAUUAACUGAGAUACAAUUAAUGGAACUACGCCAUAAUUUCACCUCCAAUGGCUGGCUCUGAAAGACAGAGGAGUUCUAGCAAUGCCUGGAAUCUUGCUGCAGCCAGUUACUAUCUAAUUGGGAAAGGCUCACAUGUCUUGCAAUUUACUUAAACGCAUGCAGCUCAUUCAACUCAUAAUGUACUUAUUGGAGCAUUGCUAUAGCAACAAAACAAUGGAGUAAAAUCUUCAGAAUGGAGCUUUAGAUGAGAAAAUGCUGUAUCUGCAUCUCAUGAUUGAUUAGAAGGCCAACAUUCCUUUGCCACUUAAAAUUUCUCGAUUCUACAUAGCACACCUAUGUCUAGGAUAUGGUCUUAUCUAUCUUCUAUUCUUUUCCGCAUUUUCCUAUACCCUGACUAGUUCUGGAAUCAUAGAAUGGUGAAAGGCUAAUUCUCUGGAUUUGGAAAUCAGAUGUCCGUAAUUUUAAUGUCCUGUGUAAAAGAUGACAUUUCAUUCAUUUUUAUGAUUUACUAGGUCAAAAUACCAUUUGCACUGCUACCUCAUGCACAGUAAAUUGAGUUUGUUGAAUAGUUGUGUGAUUCACUGAAAAAUUGAACAUUCUUGAGAUGGUAUAAGAAUGUGCAAUUAGUGAAUGUGCCAUCAGGUCAUUUUUGAUUUUUAGUGACUACAUAAAUUUUCUCCAUUACAAUCUAUCCCUAACUGCUAUCUACAGUAUAUAUUUAUAGUAUUCACUAAAGCUAGAUCAGUAAAAUAUAAGCGUUUUUUAAAAAAUAUUUCAUAACAUUGCUGCAUAGGUCUGAGUCUUGCUCAUAGUCCUCAAGGGCAGAAGUGUUAUAGUAUGGUAUAUAAAUACAUCCUUCAAGAUAA